UUAGCUAGUGGAGGAAACGAUCAUGUUCUCUUCAUAUGGGACAGGUCAACAGCCUCCUCCAGUUCACCAAGAGAGUGGCUUCAAAGGCUUGAAGACCACACUGCAGCAGUCAAGUCCAUUUCAAGAGAAUUUGUUGGCCUCUGGUGGUGAACUUGACCUGUGCAUUAAGUUCUGGAACACACAAACAGGCUUGUGCUUGAGCUCGGUUGAACUGGCUCGCAGACCCCAGAUGGAUGCACUGUGGCCACUGCAGCCGCGGAUGAGACGGUUCAAGCUUGGAAUGUGUUUGGGAUUCCGGGAGUUUCAGAACCCGUAUGAAAAGAAAAUCUGCUGCCAUCUGCUCAUUCAUACUCCAUUCGUUGAAGAUCAUGUAAAUGCUGGAUAGAAGUUUGUCUGUUUUGUCUCGAAUGCCAAACCAAACAGAUAAGUGUAUAUACAAGGAAAAAAAAAAAAAACA